AUGUCUCUCCAAGUCAGCUGCGGCGCAGGAACACCCGACUCGACCUCCGAGCGAACCCGCCAAACAGCAAUGACUAUCUUCGACUGGACCUACGAUCCUGUCAGUAGGCCUUAUCACGGGGCGCCCAAUAACAAGGUACCCUACCGCCGUCCAGAGGGUUUCCCGGUCCGGCUCGUGGCCAUUGGGGCCCUCGGGGGCUACAUGGGCGGCUUCUUCCUCCCAGUCGGCGACAUGAUGUUAAAAACGAUUGACCUCGAGCUCGUGCCAUGGACGGAGCUCCAUCCAAGCGAAGGCCUCUCGGAGCGUGAAUGGAUCGCCAAGUACGUGACGCCCAACUUUGAAGCGCAAAUCGCCAGCGGCUGCGAGUUUGAACUUGGCAAGACGUGGUCGCAGCACGGUGGCCUCCUCGCCCUCCCUAAACAACAAGGUGGCCGAAGCGCAUAUGAUCUAUUUCGGCCGGAUAGCGCGAACGCCUUUGAGGUGAAGGACGGCCGAGUGGUGGUAUACGUUCACUUCCAAAUCACGGAGGGAGAGGGCCUAUAUGGGUGCACCACUCUUCCUGGCACUCAUGGAAGCAUACGUGCCAGAGAAGCUGAAAGGUGGGAAGAGGAGGAGGAAUCCAUGUAUGACUCUGAUGGGCCCGGGAGCAACUAUCAGAGGAAGCGUCCUCUUGCUCGGCCGGCCCAGCAGCCCCCAGUUCAGAGGAGACAUGUAGUUAAGCCGCGCAAUGGCAGAAGCAGUGACAUUGGUGGGAGCAGUGGCAGCAGUGGUGACGAAAGCGGAAGCAGCAGUGGCAGCGACAGCAACAGCGAUAGUGGCAGUGACAGCGGCAGUGAUGAUGGCCACGACUCCGACAGCAGGAGCGGCAGUUUGAGCGGGAGCGACGGCAGCGAAGACGGCAGCGAAGACGGCAGCGACCUCUCUUCCGACUCGGAGUCAGAAAGCGAGUCAAGACGCUCCCUAAGUCCACGAGCCAUUGGGCGAGCGCCCGUCAAGGCUACCAAGCGAGCACCUGUCAGAGCCCCCCCACGAGCUCCCGCUCAUCCAAACAAGCAACCAGCCCCCAGGAACAGACCAGCUCCUGCAACCGAAGCCACACGCCAGCCGUCGAGUUCUCAAGCAGUCAACUCGAGGAAGAGGCACCGCGCAGAGGAAGGGUCCGGAGCGGUGGCCCUUGCGGGCGGCCCCGGUGACUCUACCGUGUGCAUCAAGAUCGAGGAUGAUGCGGAGGAAGGUAACUGGGCUGCUGGGCCGGCAGCUCGCACGCGCGGAGCAGCUUCGAGACGCCCUGCAGAGAAGAGGGCACGAUUCAGUAACGGUUGCUAG